CUCCAAGAUGCCUACUAGGACUUCGAAGACCAGGAAGCUCCGUGGUCAUGUGAGCCAUGGACACGGCCGUGUGGGUAAGCACAGAAAACACCCUGGAGGUCGCGGUAAUGCUGGUGGCAUGCACCACCACCGCAUCAACUUCGAUAAAUAUCACCCAGGGUACUUUGGGAAGGUGGGUAUGAGGCACUACCACUUGAAGAGGAACACCAUCUUCUGCCCCACCAUCAACCUGGACAAGCUGUGGACGCUGGUCAGUGAGCAGACCCGACUGAACCACGCCCAGAAACCUGACGGCCCCGCCCCCAUUAUCGAUGUGGUCCGUGCUGGUUACUUUAAGGUGCUGGGUAAAGGUAAACUCCCCAAACAGCCCGUCAUCGUCAAGGCCAAAUUCUUCAGCCGGCGGGCGGAGGAAAAGAUCAAAGAAGCGGGCGGAGCCUGUGUGCUCACCGCAUAACACACUCGCUGUUUUUGCAAAAUAAACUAUAUUAAAAG